AUCCUCAGCUGUGGCCACAGUCCGUGCGGGGAUUGUGCGCGAGAGGUGAUUCUCCUCGCGGUGGCAGAAGAGGGGAGGUUCCCGCCGAGAUGCUGCAAUGAGCCUUACUCUCGCGAGCUGAUCCGCCAUCUGCUUGGUGACGACGGGUAUCGUGCCUACAAGGAGAAAGAGCGGGAGUAUAAGUCGAUCUCGAGGGUGUACUGUGCCGUGCCCACCUGUUCGGCCUUCAUCCCGGACGACAAGGUCGACGUCGAGUAUGCCACAUGCCCUAAAUGCGACACCAAGACGCAUCUUCCUUGUUGCGCGGUGGAACACCCCUGGACGGACUGCAGCCCGGACCCGGCUCUUCGGGCGGCGGUGGCUCUGGCCCAGGAGAGCAAAUGGCGACGAUGCCACCACUGUCGGAUGAUGGUUGAGAAGACUGGCGAUGGAUGCAGGUUUGUCACUUGUCGUUGUGGGAAGGUCUUCUGCUACUCUUGCGGCGGCCCC